AUGACGCCUUCUAGCGAUGCUGGCUACAUGAUGUCGGAUGCGCCCUCGCUGGCUGCCGCUCAAAGACGACAAGUUAACUUUUCCUCUUCUUCGGCGCGACCACGAGGACCGCCCUCCGAAAACCUUGGUGCGGCCAGCGAAGAUGAGGCCGAUGGGUUUGCUGACGAUCAAGUCCCUCGAAGCUCACGUAUACCCGACGCUGCCAAUAUCCCUCGCGUUGAAGAUCGUAUUGGACUCCUUGUUCAGGAACAUUUUGAAGCUUUUAUUGAGAGCUUCACCGAGGAUGUUAGCUCGUCUGGAGCGCCAACAUCCAGCGCUGUUACUACUGACAAAUACUAUGUUGCUCAGAUUAGAGCCAUGAAAAACCUGCAGUUGUCAACAUUCUAUGUGGACUUCAAGCACCUCGCUUUGUGGGAGAAUGGCAGCCUCGCGGACGGCGUUAUGCGGCAGUACUACCGAUUUCUGCCCUUCCUCACUGCAGCACUGCAUAACAUGAUCGCCAAAUACGAGCCGCAAUACUUUCGCGAACAUCGCCAGCCAACAGCAUCGAGUGCACUGUCUACCUCAGCAGCCAGUCAGCUAGGAUCUGGCAGUCAGAGUGACCCCUCUCACCGAAAAAAUGAGCAUCAGCAAACGGACAAACUAUUUUCAAUAGCUUUCUACAACCUUCCUUUAGUCUCUCGGGUUCGAAGCUUGAGAGCAGCCAACAUUGGCCAGCUACUGUCCAUUUCAGGAACGGUAACGCGUACAUCGGAGGUACGACCAGAGUUGUCAUCGGCCACUUUUGUGUGCGAGGCAUGCAGAGCCAUUGUACCAAACGUUGAACAAACUUUUCGGUACACAGAGCCAACCCAAUGUCCGAACAGAACCUGCUUAAACCGGGUCGCAUGGCAGCUAGACAUUCGGCACAGCACCUUCGUCGAUUGGCAGAAGGUUCGAAUUCAAGAAAACAGCUCCGAGAUUCCCACUGGCAGCAUGCCAAGAACUCUCGAUGUUAUUCUCCGUGGUGAAAUCGUAGACAGAGCAAAAGCGGGUGAGAAAUGCAUAUUCUCCGGUGCUCUCAUUGUCGUCCCCGACGUGAGUCAGCUGGGCCUGCCUGGCCUACGACCUACGGCGAUCCGUGACGAUCGAGGAGCAUCCCGUGGCGCGGACGCUGGGGGAAGUGGUGUGACUGGUUUAAAAGCCCUCGGCGUUCGCGAUCUCACUUAUCGCCUAGCUUUUCUGGCUUGUUUCGUCGCGCCUGAUACUUCCUCUACCGGUCAACCUGUUGCAAGCAGUGCGUCUGAUGUGGUCAAUGCUCUCACAAGGAGCAACGCUGCAGAAGGAGCAGAGUCAGUUGAGGAAGCACAAGCCGCUGUGCUUGCCUCUAUGAACCCUUCAGAGAUUGAUGACCUGCGAACGAUGGUUCAUGGUGACCAUAUUUAUGCUCGCAUGGUGCAGUCCAUGGCACCCAUGGUCUACGGUCAUGAGGUGGUAAAAAAAGGCAUACUCUUGCAGCUGAUGUCUGGCGUACAUAAGACGACCCCCGAGGGUAUGCAGCUGCGUGGCGACAUCAACAUCUGCAUUGUUGGCGAUCCCUCGACAUCUAAAUCCCAGUUUCUGAAAUAUGUGUGCUCCUUCGCCCCCCGGGCCGUCUACACAAGCGGAAAAGCCUCGUCGGCGGCGGGUCUCACGGCAGCAGUUGUAAAGGACGAAGAGACGGGAGAGUUCACAAUUGAGGCCGGCGCAUUGAUGUUGGCAGACAAUGGUAUAUGUGCCAUCGAUGAGUUUGACAAGAUGGAUAUAGGGGAUCAAGUUGCUAUUCACGAAGCUAUGGAGCAACAGACAAUAUCUAUUUCCAAGGCUGGCAUUCAAGCUACACUAAACGCCAGAACAAGUGUGCUCGCGGCAGCGAAUCCCGUGGGAGGUCGCUACAACCGCAAGGCAACGUUGAGAUCCAACAUCAACAUGUCUGCUCCGAUCAUGUCUCGCUUCGACUUGUUUUUCGUCAUUCUUGACGAGUGUAACGAGCAGAUUGACAGACACUUGGCCGAGCACAUAGUGGGCAUUCACCAGCUCCGUGACGAAGCGGUUGAGCCAGAAUUUAGUACCGAGCAGCUCCAGCGAUAUAUUCGCUUCGCAAGGACGUUUCGUCCGCAAUUUACGAACAAGGCAAAAGAAGUCCUGGUCAAGAAGUACCAGGAGCUGCGGGCUGACGAUGUUCAAGGAGGCGUGGGCAAGAAUUCGUAUCGAAUUACCGUACGUCAGCUGGAGAGUAUGAUUCGACUGAGCGAGGCGAUAGCCAAGGUAAAUUGCGUGGAAGAGAUUGAUGAGAAGAUGGUUUGCGAAGCUUAUGAUUUGCUGCGCCAGAGCAUCAUAUCGGUCGAGCAUGAUGACGUGGAGGUGAUGGAUGAGGACGAGACGCAAGAAGAUGGCGAAACUUUGCACCGUGCCGCGGAUGCCGCCUCAGGGAUUCAUUCACACAAUACCCCGAUGGCCAUUGACGAAGAAGUGUCCUCGCAUUCCGCGCAGCCACCGAGGGAAAGUGAUGCAGCCCAAAAGAGGCGGACAAUCACACACGACAAGUACAUUAAAAUGGUUAACUUGAUUGUGCAACGUGUCAGCGACGACGAGAAUGGUAGCGGUGAUGGUGUCAAUGGUGAGGAUUUGAUCAACUGGUAUUUGGAACAGCAGGAGGCCGAGUUGCAAGACGAGGGAGACUUUCACGCAGAGAAGGCUCUAGCCAACAUGGUCCUCAAAAAGAUGGUCAAAGACAAUAUUCUGAUGGCACUCCGUGGCGAAGGCUUAGACGGCAGCGCGACGUUUAGUGCCGCAGACGCCAUAUACGUUUUGCACCCUAACUGCGCUGUCGAAGAAUUUUGA